CUUUCGCCAUGUUCCAACACAUGCAUACUCAGUCACCCAGCUCCAUUAUCUCCCUCUCCUUGACUGAUCUCCUCUAGCCACUCUACGUAGCACUUGCCUCUCUGUCUCUCUCCCUCUCACAUUCCAAGUAGCAGCCCUCGCGAUCGAGAUCAGCCAUGGUUGCACACGCCAGCAUCUACUGCAACGACACCACCAACACCACGACGGCGAAGAGCGGGCCGGCAUACUCCGCCGUGGCCCCUAAGUCGUCGCCGAGGAAUAUCAAGAAAAGGAGCGGCAAGAAGGCGACGAGGAGAACGGCCGGGCGGCGACGCAGCGUGGAGGUGAUCAGGAGGAAGAUGGAAGCGCUGAGGCGGCUCGUCCCGAGCGGCGGCGAUCACCGCAGCAGCGACGAGAUGGCGGAAGAAAACGGCGUGGACGAGCUCCUGUUCCGCGCCGCCGACUACAUCAUGCGGCUGCAGGUGCAGGUGAAGGCGAUGCAGCUCAUGGUCGACGUGCUGGAGCACACCAAAGACUCUUGAUUACGUUUUUUUUUUUUGAGCUUUCUUGAUUACGUAUUUGCUAUAUAGGUCGUGUCGAGCAGAACAGAUAUAUGUACACGCAUACCAGUACAGGUACCCGCGUACGUACGCAAACUGUGUUUUUUUUUUUCGAUUUUGGGGGUUAUUUAUUUAUUUCUUUCUCUUUUGGUGUUUUGGAGAAGUAUGAAAAACGUAGAGGCUAAUUAUACGGGUGGGAAUGGUAUUGGUUUAUUCGUUAAUUGUUGUGAACUUGCGUGGUGCGUACUUACG